AUGGCUACUUCUCUGGCACACGCAGGUGUGGUUACUGGAAAGAAUGCGGCCAUGUCUCCUCCGUUGCACAUGGCAACAACUUAUACCAGGCCAGCCGAUGGAUCUUAUCAAGAAGGAGACUUGAUUUACACACGUAUGGACAACCCUACAAGAAAUCUACUUGAGGCGGAGACUGGCAGGCUUGAAUGUCACGGUCGAGCUGUGAACUCCGACACGCCAAUCAUAAGUUGUGCAUUUGCGUCGGGUAUGAUGGCCGUGUCUUCGAUCGUUCUCGCCCACCGGUUACCAUUGAAGGUUUUGCUGCCAGUCGAUGCCUACCAUGGUGUUCCGACUGUCCUUCGAGACGUCUUUUCGCGUUUCGAUGUAGAAAUCCGUACUGUCGAAAUGAGUGAUCCAGCGGCCAUCGAAGCUGACCUGGCAAAAAUAUCGGUAAAAGACGAUGUCAUUGUAUGGAUGGAGAGCCCUUCGAACCCAAGAGUUGACAUUAUUGACAUUUCUUUAAUAAGCAGCAUCGCAGAAAAAUCGGGCCGUCGCGUCACUACUGUGGUCGAUUCCACCCUCGCUCCUCCAACGAUUCAGCAGCCUCUCCAGCUUGGUGCGGAUUUGGUUAUGCAUUCGGCGACAAAGUACCUCGGUGGACAUUCAGAUCUACUCUGUGGUGUCGUGACAGCGUCUCCAUGGACUAAUCGUGGUCGUUUCAUUGGGCCACUUAUACGGCAGGUGCAAGUCGCUGUCGGAGGUGUGGCCUCUCCACUGGAUUCAUGGCUCACGCUGCGUGGUCUAAGAACCUUGGCUAUCCGUAGCAGUCGCCAAUGCGAAACUGCUCUCCUUCUUGUCAAAUAUCUACAGCACCAUCCAUUGGUAGACAAGGUCUAUUAUCCUGGACUGGAAGAACACUUUGGCCACAAAAUUGCUAAACGUCAAAUGAAGAAUGGAUUUGGAGGUGUUUUCAGUGUUGAAAUGAUCGGCGAGAGCUAUGCGUUUGCGUUUGCGGCGGCCCUGACAGUCGUUCAACGAGCUACCAGCCUCGGCGGGACUGAAACUCUAAUUGAACAUCGGGCGAGUAUAGAGCCACCUGGCCGCGUAGUUAGUCCACGGGGACUACUGAGGGUCAGCGUAGGCCUGGAACACGCAUCUGAUAUUUUGUCUGACUUUGAAAGCGCCAUGGACAUUGUUCAAACGAUUCAUGGUAUUCGUGGCUAA